UGUUGUCCUUCCAGCCGGGAACAGCCGUGCCACCCAGCCACGAGCAGCUGUGCCGUCCAUCCAGCCGGAAACAACCCGUGCCCUGUCCCCGCUGCCUCUGCCGGUCUGCUUCUGGGGGAAAAAAAUCUCCCGCGGACACGUCUCCCACCCUAGCAUGGGAUGGGCGAGCCCUGCGAGCGCGGUGCCUCCUCGCCGGCCGCUGGCAUGAAAGAAGGAGCGGACCGGGAGUCCUGGGACGCGCCGCUGGGUUUCCUGGAGGGCGCUCAGAUGGACAACAGGAGCAACGUGUCCUUCCUGCAGUUGCUCAAGAACAUCAACCUGGAGCGAGCUGAUGGGAUGCAGGGAGACAACUCUGACGUGGUGCGGAUUGUCAUCUCGCUGGUGUACUCCGUGGUGUGCGCUCUGGGGCUGGUGGGCAACCUGCUGGUGCUCUACCUGAUGAAAAGCAAGCAAGGCUGGAGAAAAUCCUCCAUCAACCUCUUUGUGACCAGCCUGGCAGUGACUGACUUCCAGUUUGUGCUGACUUUACCAUUCUGGGCGGUGGAGAACGCACUAGACUUCAACUGGCUCUUUGGCAAGGCAAUGUGUAAGAUUGUCUCAUAUGUGACAGCCAUGAAUAUGUAUGCCAGUGUAUUCUUUCUCACUGCCAUGAGUGUGGCUCGAUACCGCUCUGUGGCUUCAGCCUUGAAUAAUCAGCGUCGAGGAGACCCCCUGGGUGGCUGCUGCUCUGUCAAGUGGCUUUGUGCACUCAUCUGGCUGUUAGCUGUCCUGGCUUCCCUGCCCCAUGCCAUUUUUUCCACUACUGCCACUGUCUUUGAUGAUGUUCUCUGCCUUGUCAAGUUCCCAGAGGGCCAAGGCAGCAAUGGGCAGUUCUGGCUGGGUCUGUACCACAUCCAGAAGGUGCUGCUGGGCUUUGUGGUGCCGCUGGUCAUCAUUUGUCUCUGCUACUUGCUCCUGGUCCGCUUCAUCACUGGUAAGCACGUUGGCAGCACUUGCAGUGGCCCCAGCACCAAGCGCCGCUCCAAAGUGACUCGGUCAGUGUCCAUCGUGGUGUUGUCUUUCUUCUUAUGCUGGCUGCCUAAUCAAGCACUUACAACGUGGGGGAUACUCAUCAAACUCAACGUGGUGCACUUCAGCAAUGAGUACUUCCUCUCCCAAGUGUACCUCUUCCCCAUCAGCGUGUGCCUGGCACACUCCAACAGCUGCCUCAAUCCCAUCCUCUACUGCCUCAUGCGCAGGGAGUUUCGCAAGGCACUGAAGAGCCUCCUCUGGAAGAUCACCUCACCUUCCCUCACCGCCAUGCGCCCUUUCACUGACACCACCAAGCCUGAGAAGGAGGAGCAGGCCCUGCAUGCCUUGGUGCCUGUGCCUGUCCACCCUGUCACUGCUGCUUCCCCUGCUGCCGCCAUCCAGCCGGAGGUGGCCUAUUACCCUCCCGGGGUGGUGAUGUACAACAGCCGCUGUGACCUCCUGCCUGCCAGCUCCAUGGAGCAUCGCUGCUGAGACCAGCAGGGGGCUCCGGGGGGUGGGACUGUGGGCUAUGGGAAAGGUGUGGCCCUGAAAUAUUGAACGCCUUGCCAGGGACGAGGGGAGGAGGGAUGGGUGAAGGAGGACUUCUGCGUGAGAGAUGCUCUUCUGCGGCUGUGUCUGCCCUUGGACGCUUGAUGAAAACACACCCCAAGCUGGAAAAGAGGAGCAGAAGGAGGCAAGGCAGACGAAACUUCUACAGCCUUGGGCACUUGCUAACUAGGAAGAUGCUUAUUUCCAAGGUGUCUGGAGAAGAAGAAGAGAAAUGAGCUGCCAGCUGAUGGGCAUACUUACACAGAUGCAAAGACUCUGAAGAGAUCAGAUAUAUCCACAGAAGAACUUGAGCAUCUGAGUACUGUACAACUGCCUCUCUGACUUCCUAAAUCCUGGCUUGGCUAUCAGUGUAAGUCUAUAGGUACUUAAAGCUUUUUCUAGUGAAAUUUUUUUGUGCUUAGAAAUCUGCUCCUGAGCAUGCCUAAAUCAGCUUAAUUCUGUAGCACUUAUCUCUGUGCUCAUACAGAUAUGGGGAUAUCUCUAUUGGGACUGACCACACUGUAUAUCCUGCGAGGGAGGCAACUCUGCAUCCUGACACAGGAGACACUGUGCCAUGCCACACUAAGUCAGGAGAGGCUGUAAACUUAACUCAUUUCCUCCAUCCCUUUGAAUCUAUGUCUAGAUGUGCUUCUUCAGUCCCACCUUCAGUGUGUGUCUGCAGAUUAGGCUCCUUCCUCUUCCUGUUUGAAAUGCUGAAUUAGGGGGGAUAACUCUCACAUACAGCCUGAGAGAUCCAGCUUCCCAGGGGAAUGACUGAACCUCUGGGCUACUUCAUGAAUGUGCUCAAACUCUCUGUUUCCUGUUGCAUGAAUUGCUCACUGUUGCUGGAAGAGAAGGGGGAAAGUAAGCCCUCAAACACUACCUGGCAGCAUAGUGGUUAGGGUGUAAUCUCCAAAGAGGAAUUGUCUCAAUUCCCUGUAAAUACUGAAGAGAAAUUGGAUCCAGGUCUGGGUUCUAGGUCUCCACUUUCCAAGAACAAUGCUUAACUUGCUCCCAGGUCCUGGUCCAAUUAACUUUUCAGUAUGCUGUGCAAGAAUCUGAGGCCUUUCUACAGGUAUAACAGGCUAGUGAGUUGAAGGAUUUGCAAAAAAUUCAUUUGGGUCUCACGGAUUCUGAGAGAAAGCUCUAACAUCUGUGCUGCAGGUGAAGAAAGCUGCACAGUUGGAUGAGAAAAAGAUACCAGGAACUCUUAAGUCCAGAAUUCAGAGAGAUAUACAGUGUCUCUGUAGGCCAGGAGAAAGUAUCUAAAUUAAGGAUACAGGAGGAAUCUCACAGCCAGAUGCACUUCUUACUGUUUGCUUUUGAACAGCAUAAUUUCUUGCUUAACUUGCUGGGAAUUUAUUCUCUAUCUGAUGCUUAAAUGUUCUUGUGCUUUAAAUAAAGAGCUAUCCAAGUGUCUAAAGCAUGACUGUGAAUUUCAGUAGAUAGCAAACUACCUAAAAGACAUCUUCUGUGGUGCUCAGUGUGGCAAAACCCAUGGCCUUUUGUGGAUGUCAAUGCAGACAUAAUGUUAUGCCAGCAAAACAACACAGUAAAAUAGAUGGAGUUCAAAACAACCCAUAGUUAUCCCAGAAUACUAUCAAGGUACCAUUCCCUGAGGAAACCCCAGGUGUCUGAGCAUUACAGACAUAAAAACAUUACAUUUGCCAAAUCACCCAAACAGGAAAAUACCUCGGGUGUGUAGAGACUUAAGGGGCAGCUCUCACUCAGGCUGCUGAUCCACCAGGCCAGGAAUCUGCUGUUUGAAAGAGGCACAACCCAUCCACACCAAAUGCUGGUUUAGGCUGGACCAGCAGCUCAGGCUGUGCAGGUCAGUGUGUGUCCAGCAUGGCCAAAGAGCACUGCUCUAGCUGUGCCUAAGCAGAGAGAAGUUCCGCUUCACACGUGCUGUGAAUCUCAGCUAACAGAGCACGAAAUCCAGGCUCUGAGCUGCACAGGCAGGGGAACCCACCAGGCCCUUGAGAGGAAGGUACUCUGACUGUGCACACGGCAUCAGGUGUGUGGCCUCAGCAGAGGGUCUUCCCAGCUCAACAGCAACAAAUCCUACUGGGUAUCCAUUAGUUUCCUAAGUAAUCAGGACAACAUGCUUCACAAAUGCUCCUGUUUCCUACUAAUGUUCAUGUCUUCGUUUGUAACAAUCACCUUUUCAUGGACUAAAAUAAACACAGCUGAAGGAUACAAAACAAUACUUAGGGAGUCCUUGAAGAGGUUUUUGUGACUGGUCUCCUGCCAUGUUCAGACUGCUGGUGGGGCGCUGGUAGAGAGAUGCACAUCAUUGCAGAACAAUAGGGACCCGAAGGUGCAGGCUGACAUCUAGUGACAAACUGAAAGAAUCUUUAAAGACUGGAUAUUCUCAUUAGGCAAAAACUUUGAUUGCUGAAGGGCUUUUUUAAAUGCCUCAGCCCCUUAAAUAACUAACCAAGCUCUUAAUGUAAUAACAACCUCCACUGCAAUUCCAGGUUUCCCUCCUCAGUAGAAAUACCCUUUCAAUUUCUCAGUGCGUUAUUCUGGCAUUCACCUUAGCAGUAAAAAAAAAAAAAAAAAUCUAGUCUCCUUCAUUCUCAUUCAUGACUGUCCACUCUAAACUUGAUUAUUCAAUUGAAUGCCUGCACUGAAGCUCUGAUCUAAUUCGUACCCCUGAGCUUGAGCAGACAUAGCUAUGGUGAGGUGCAGCUCAAGGACUUAAGAGCUUAGAUCCUCUUUUUUUUUUA